UUGAAGAAGAAGAAUUUGAAGGAGAAGAAGAAUUUGAAGCGGAACCAACUUCGCUGGAGACGAAACAUUGCACAUAAGAACCAAUCAGCUACGAAGUCACUAGUCAGAAGCUGUUUCAGAAUUUCUCCAGAGCAGGAGUGUCAUUGGCAAAUAAGACACUUAAUGCCAAAACCAAAGGAACUGCUCUCCUCCACAUCUGGAAGCGACUCUGAUAGUGAUGUUGAAACAAAGGCGAAGAGAAAGAAGUCAAGUGCACCAGAGAAACCGGCUAAGAAGCCAAAGACAGGAGAGAGUGUUAAACCUGGCGGGUCUUCCAAAGGCAGCAGUAACACUGGCGACAACAUGUUCCAAAUUGGAAGGAUGAGAUAUGUCUCCGUCCGGGACUUCAAAGGUAAAGUUCUGAUCGACAUCAGAGAGUACUGGAUGAAUCCAGACGGUGAUAUAAAGCCUGGGAAGAAAGGCAUCUCCCUGAAUCCAGAGCAGUGGAACCAACUGAAGGACCAGAUUUCAGAAAUCGAUGACGCCAUUAAGAGUAUAUAAGCAAUCCUUGGAACCUUUGAAAAUGUUGGCUAAUUCAUUUUGUAAAAAGCCUGCUAUUCUUUUGUAACUGACUUUGAUAAAAUAUUUCAUUUGUCACAGUUUAGUGUUAGUGCUGUGGCAUUGUUUGUUUUUUAUGUUGUUGUUUUUUUCCAUGCUGAGCUUAUAGAGCUGUGUACCUUUUGAACUGUGUAGUAGUGAUGAUGACGGUAAAUGGCAGUUACUCAUCAUAGUGUGGCACAUUACAGUUCGUAGUAAAACUAAGACAGGUGAUUGGAAUUCAAGUUUUGCUAAUAUGUGAAUUUAUGUUCAUAGUAUGACUGUCACAGGAAGCAAAACUUUUUAACUACUCUUUAAAUUAAGAGUGAUGAUUGAUACUGUAUAUAUCUGAUGAUUGAGCUCAUCGGGUCAAAUCCCUCCAAGCUAUUAAAUUGAAAACAAAAUUUAGAGAAUUUUUCAUUGGUGAAUUUGAAUGAACAUAUAGUGUCAGGCCAUAAAUGACAGUGCACUACUACCCAUUAUCAUUUGGACAGCCAUAUCUAAAGUACAUUACAUCUUGAGGUGAUAAGAAUGAGAAACCAGAUUGCCCGGAAAGAACCUAUUCCCACACAUGUAUUCCUGUCACCGUAAGGUAUUGAACACAUACAAAUUCAGAACCUUCUUGCUGGAAGGCAGAGCUUCUCUGCUGUAGCAAAUACAGCAUUAUAGAGAUACACAAGCCGAUGAGUCCAUGUCAGAUAUAAACAGGGAAAAAAAAGACAUUUGUGUUUGUAAGGUUAGUUCUGUGUUGUUGUUCUGUGUCUUCAGAAUAAAUAUACAAUUGGAAGGCCU